AUGGAAACUAUUUCUUCUAAAUUUGUUUGGCAUGUGCCUGAUCUUAAACAGACACGAGAGGGCUUACCUAAAUGCAGAUUUCUACAUUUAGCUAGUGAACGAUUUUACAACACUAAUUUUCCUGGUGUAGGAUGGGAGUUACAUCUUCAAUUAAGUCAAGGAUCAGAGUAUACUUUUGUUUGGCUUUGCCAAGUUGGGCCAAAUACAAUAAAUGCUCUUGUUAAUACAAAAUAUAAAAUCUAUGCAACGACGGGUCUAUCUAAUACCUACAUCAUUGAUAUUGUCAAAUCAACAUACAAGUUUGAGAAUCAGGAACGAAUGGGAUAUACAAGUUUUUCUUUGAACAACGCUGUUCAGUAUAAUGGUUCUUUAUUUCUUCAUUUAGAAGUUGAAGCUAAUUGUCACAACUUAACUAUUGAUUUACAAGAGAAUUUUCGCAAUAUGUUCGAAAAGGAAAUAUUUACUGAUUUUGUUGGCGAUGUUCUUAUAAAAACUCAUCGUUGUAUUUUGGCUCAAAACAGUGAAGUAUUCCAAAAAAUGCUUGAACAAAAUGGAAUGAUUGAAGCACAAAAUGGUGUAUUGACAAUUUCGGACACUUCUAUUGAAAGCGUACGCGCAAUGCUAGAGUUCUUUUACACAGGGCAAAUCAAUAAUGCUAUAUUGGAAAGUCAUGCAGAGGAGAUUUUUGCUAUUGCACAUAAAUAUGAGGUUGAUAAGUUAAAGUAUGCAUGCGAACAUUUUAUGACUUCUAAGAUUGAUGGCGAAAACAUUGUGAAAUACUGCAAUAUAAUUAGUUUAUAUGGAGCUCCAAUACUAGAGAAGGUAUGA